AUGGCUCCAGGCGGCGGAGGUAAUAUCAAGGUGGUGGUCCGAGUACGACCUUUCAACAGCAGAGAAAUCGAACGAGGUGCAAAAUGUAUCGUCAAAAUGAAAGGCGCCCAGACGGUGCUAACCGCACCGCCUGGCGCCCAGGACGUCUCCUCGAGGAAAGGCGGCAAAGGCGAAUCCGGAGCGCCCAAAGUCUUCGCGUUCGAUCGAUCGUACUGGUCCUUCGACAAGUCGGACGGGAACUAUGCGGGCCAGGAUAAUCUAUUCGAUGACCUCGGUUCGCCACUCUUGGACAACGCCUUUGGCGGAUACAACAAUUGUAUAUUCGCCUACGGCCAGACUGGUUCGGGAAAGUCGUACUCCAUGAUGGGAUAUGGCAAGGAAUAUGGUGUCAUCCCGCGAAUCUGUCAGUCCAUGUUCCUGCGCAUCGACGACAUGAUGCAAGCCGAUAAACUCCUCAAUUGCACGAUCGAAGUCUCGUACCUGGAAAUUUACAACGAACGCGUGCGCGAUUUGCUCAACCCGUCCAAUAAGGGUAACCUGAAGGUCCGCGAGCAUCCUUCAACGGGACCCUAUGUGGAGGAUCUGGCCAAGUUGGUGGUGCGCUCCUUUGAGGAAAUCGAGAAUCUCAUGGACGAGGGUAAUAAGGCGAGAACGGUUGCUGCGACGAACAUGAACGAGACCUCCAGUCGGUCGCACGCCGUGUUCACACUGACUCUCUCACAAAAACGUCACGACGCGGAGACUUCACUGGACACCGAGAAAGUAUCGAAGAUUAGUCUGGUCGAUUUGGCCGGUUCGGAGAGAGCAAACUCCACCGGAGCCACGGGUGCUCGUUUGAAAGAAGGUGCUGAGAUUAACCGCUCGCUUUCCACCCUUGGUCGUGUCAUCGCCGCCCUUGCAGACGUCUCAUCGGGAAAGCUCAAAAAGGCAUCCAUGGUUCCAUAUCGUGAUUCUAUCUUGACAUGGCUGCUCAAAGAUUCACUUGGUGGUAACUCGAUGACUUCCAUGAUUGCGGCUAUCUCCCCGGCCGAUAUUAACUUCGACGAAACCCUGAGUACUCUGCGUUAUGCAGAUUCCGCCAAGAGGAUCAAGAACCACGCCGUCGUGAACGAGGACCCGAACGCUCGCAUGAUUCGCGAACUGAAGGAGGAACUGGCACAACUUCGAUCAAAACUUGGUGGUGGUGUCCCCGGGGUUGCUGGGGGCGCACCUGGUGCUAUUGCAGCUGAAUCCUAUCCACCCGAUACCCCAUUGGAACAGCAAAUGGUUUCCAUCCAACAAAGUGACGGGAGUGUGACUAAGGUCAGCAAAGCUGAGAUCGUCGAACAACUCAACCAAAGUGAGAAGCUUUACAAGGAUCUCAAUCAGACCUGGGAGGAAAAACUACUCAAAACUGAAGAGAUUCACAAAGAGCGUGAAGCGGCACUCGAGGAACUCGGUAUCAAUAUCGAAAAGGGCUUUAUCGGAUUAAGCACCCCGAAAAAGAUGCCUCAUUUGGUCAAUCUGAGCGAUGACCCUCUGCUGGCAGAGUGUUUGGUUUACAAUAUCAAGCCCGGAAGCACGACGGUGGGACACAUGGAUCAGGGCACCAAUGUCGACAUCCGACUGAACGGCUCCAAGAUUCUUCAGCAGCACUGUACUUUCGAAAACGCGGAUAAUGUCGUGACCAUUAUUCCCACUGAUGGUGCUGCUGUCAUGGUCAACGGUCUCCGGAUAGACAAGCCUUCGCGACUCAGGAGUGGUCAUCGCAUUAUUCUCGGUGACUUCCAUAUCUUCCGUUUCAAUCAUCCGCAAGAGGCUCGUGCCGAACGUGUUGAGCAGAGUCUGUUGCGACAUUCGGUGACAACUAGCCAACUGGGUUCCCCAGCGCCUAAUAAAACACAUGAUCGCAACGUCAGCAAGACUGGAUCGGAAAUUGACGCAGACUCAAGUAGAGCGGACUCCCCGAUGCCCGCACGCAGCCGCGAAUCAGACUGGUUCAUGGCGAGGAAAGAGGCCGUUGGCGCGAUGCUUGGCCAGGAUCAUAUCUCACAUCUGCCCGACGACGAGCUCGAUGCCCUAUUCGAAGAUGUGCAAAAGGUCCGAGCGGGGCGUCGUGGGCUGCCGGAGAAUGAAGAAGACUCUGACUCUCUUAGCUCCUUCCCUAUCCGAGACAAGUACAUGUCCAAUGGAACCAUCGACAAUUUCUCCCUCGACACGGCGAUUACAAUGCCAGGUACCCCACGACAAACCGAAGAGGACGAUGGAUCCAAUGGUGUUUCACUGAAAUCGGUUCGGUUAGACAUGCAGCGCCAGUUAGAUCGCCAGCGGGAGCAGUUCCAGGAUAAGCUGAAAAACGUGGAAACUUCUUCCAACCAAGACCCAGGAGAGAUACAGGGUGAGAAACAGCGUAUGGAGGAUGCACUCCGGUCUGCCAAGGAAGAGUUUGAAGAGCAGCUGCGAGCACAAAAGGAGACUUUCGAGACUCAGAUGCGAGAUAUGGGCAAGCCAAUUCCACAGAUUUUCGAGAAUGGUUUUGCCAAGUUGACUGAGCGCGAGCUCGAGAUCGCACAGUCCGUUUACUCCCAUUGGUCACAGCGCAACUACGUUCGCAUGGCCGAGAAGAUUUUACAGCAUGCAUCGCUGCUGAAAGAGGCACAAGUCAUGAGCCAGAUCAUGGACAAGAAUGUGGUUUUCCAGUUUGCAGUCGUUGACCACGGCCAUAGUAUGGCUUCAUGUUACGAUCUUGUUUUAAAUGGCAUUUCCGGCGACGAGGAUAUUGUUCUUGAAGAGACCAAGAAGCCUUGUGUCGGCGUUCGAGUUAUUGAUUACAAGCAGUCUGUGAUUCACCUAUGGUCUAUCGAAAAACUUCAGAGACGCGUACAAUCCAUGCGACAACUGCAUCAGUACAUCGACCGACCCGACUAUAUCCAGCACUUCAGGCUUGAAAAUCCAUUUUCGGAGUCUUGUUCGCCGCAAUACUCUCUCAUUGGUGAUGCCGAUAUCCCACUGACGGCUGUCUUUGAGACCCGCGUGCAGGAUUUCUCAAUCGAGAUUACAUCGCCCUACACACAAAGCGUUGUCGGUAUCAUUCGAUUGUCGCUUGAGCCAUCCUCCGCCCAGGCUCCUUCUUCGACCUUGAAGUUUAACGUCGUCAUGCGCGACAUGGUUGGCUUCGCUGAGUGGGAAGGAUCCGACGUUCACGCUCAACUCUUCGUCCCCGGAAUCUCAGAGGAAGGUGGUGCAACCACGACGCAGAUGAUCAACGGGUUCGAAGAGAGCCCGGUACGCUUCGAAAGUGUUCAUAGUAUGAGCCUCCCACUGUCUAGUCCCAGGACUGCAGCGUUGAAGGUCUGCGUCUAUGCUCGCGUGACAUCCGUUCACAUGGAUAAGCUUCUGAGCUGGGAUGACAUGCAUGAUUCUUCGGAAAUGACCCCUAAGAAGCGCACCUCGCCUCGGAUUGCCGAGUCUGAGUUCUACUCUGAAGAAAGACACGACGUCUUCGCCCGCAUCCAGAUUUUGGAAUUAGCCGAGUCUGGCGAAUACACACCAGUAGAGGUGGUUCAAAAUGGGGCUCUUGACGCUGGUACUUCUGAACUUCAUCAGGGAUUGCAGCGUCGCAUUUCGAUCAACCUGACUUAUAGUUCCACCGAGAGCCUCCCAUGGGACGACAUUACCAACGCUCGCGUGGGCUCUGUCCGUCUCCUCGACCCGUGGGGUAAGAUUCCUGACCAGGACCUCCAAACACCAGACGUCCCAUUGAAGUUCCUCCAAGAACCAAUGGUCAAGGACAAUGCGGAUGGUACUUCCAACGUUACAAUCAUUGGCCAGUGGGACUCGAGUUUGCACGGCUCUCUCCUCCUUGAUCGGGUGACUACCGACAAGUACAAAGUCCAAGUAACUGUCCGCUGGGAUCUCGUCUCCUCCCGACUCCAAACACCCGUGAUAUUCGAGAUCGACCAAACCAUCCAGAUCUUCAAGCGAAACUACGCCCGCCAAGAGUCCAUGUUCAAACAACUAUGGAGCUCCACCCGAGUCGUGCAUUCGACAACAAGCAUGUACUCACUUGUCAUCCGCCCAAUCUCAGCCAAGCGCGCCGCCGACCUAUGGCGAAUGAACACUCAAAACGACUACGUCAAAGGCGAAGAGCUGCUAACAACAUGGGCUCCACGGAAAGUCUCCCUCGUCCGAGAUUACAUCGCAGCCCGCAAGCGUCGCUACCGCAUCGCAGAGCUCCACGCAGCCCGCGGCGCCUUAAGCGCCGGCAGCCUGCGGGCCUCUCCAGCCCGAGGCAGCGGCCGAUCAACACCCAUGCGCGGCCAAGACCUCAACGAGCGCAAGACCAAACUACUAAAAAAAUACCUCGACCUCUGGUCAACAAAGAAAGACCCCACCGAAGCAAUCCUCGUCCGAACAAAUACCGAACCCCCAAGUGAUGGCGCCGACCUAGCAGCCCAACGCAAACAAACCAACGGCACCACCACCACAAGCACAACGCCGUCCGUUUCCGACAAAAUCUCUCUCAAACCUCGCUUCAUCGCAACAAUCCAGACCCUACCCAAGAACCCCUCAGCCCUGAAAACAGGCUACGUGCUCACGCCCGACGACACGAAUAGCGUCUGGGUCCGACGCUUUGUUGAGCUGCGCCGACCUUACCUGCACAUCUACUCCGUGCCCGACGGCGACGAAAUCAACGCGAUUAACCUGCGCAAUGCGCGGGUUGACCACGCGCCUGAUUUCGCGCGAUUGCUUGAUGGGUCUGGGGCCGGGAAUGAUCGAUCAUCGCUUGCUACGAAGGGGAGACCGAAUAUCUUCGCUGUUUACGGGACGCAGAAUACGUUCCUUUUCGCGACGAGGACGGAGGCGCAUAAGGUGGAGUGGAUUCUUAAGAUUGACGAGAGCUAUUUUAGUAGCAAUGGUGGCAGUGCGGUCGCGAGUGGCGAUGAGCGGUGA